GAUAACAGUCAUUUAAACAGGAUGUCGAUGGCUGAGACUGGACAGCAGCACGGUCCAUUGGGCCGUAGAGCAGCGCUCUGUUCGCUGUAGCCCCCUGUCUGCUAAACCAGCUCUUGUUUUAAGGGCCGUCUCUCCAAAACACUGGAGGAGUAAAGUGCACGCAAUUCCAAGAUGCAGCUUGUGAGGAGCCUCUUGUUCCCUCUCUGCUUCAGCCUGAUGGUUUCCUUCGGGUCCUGCUGGUGCAAGCCGCUCGGUGGCAUCGGAUCGGAGGAGGGCUACUUUGGGUCGGCGGAGGAGGACCUGGCUGAAGAGGAGGACACGCAGGCUAGGCUGGAGAGCUUGCUGGGAAACAUGAAGGAAACACUGCUGCGCAAGCUCAACCUGUCGGCCGUCCCGCAGGAGCAAGGACGGAUCGACCCGCCUCCGUUCAUGAUGGAGCUGUACAACAGAUACGCCACGGACACAUCAUCGGGACCGCAGGCCGACGUGAUCCGCAGCUUCAGCCUGCAAGAAAUCACCCGCUCCGAGACAUGUGGGAACCGGUCUGAGCACCGGUUGCUGUUCAAUGUCUCCAUCCCUUGCCAUGAGCACGUCACCAUGGCGGAACUCCGACUGUUUACCCUUUUCAAGCGUCCAGCGGCAGCCUGCAGCAGGACUCGCGCCACCAUCCAGAUAUAUGGUAUGGAGUAUGGCCGGGGCAGGUCUGCGCUCCGCUUCCUCAGCAGCAGGACCGUCGAGGCAGCCCACCAGUCUUGGGAGGCCUUCGAUGUGACCCAUGAGAAUGAGGCUUGGAAGGCACGGGGCCAGAGCGCCAGUGAGUUCGAAGUCCACAUCGAACGAGGUGAAUGUGGUCCUUCUGCAGCAGGAGAGUUCGACAUCAGCCUCAGCCUGAACGACAACAGCUCCGCGGUCCUGAUCGUUUUCUCGGAUGACCUGAGGAAUAAAAAAGACAGGAGGAAGGUCUGGAACGACCUGCAGUCGGCCAUCACGCAGACGGCGGACAGACACCCUUCAGGGGCUCAUGAAGAAAUGGAGAACAAUAAGUUCCCCAUCAUUGCCCACCCUCGGAAAAAGAGGCAGACUCGGAAAGACUACUGCCGCAGAACGUCCCUGCGUGUCAAUUUCAAAGACAUCGGCUGGGAUUCAUGGAUCGUGGCGCCCAUGGAGUACGAAGCGUUCGAGUGCAGGGGAGUGUGCUACUUCCCCCUGACAGAUGACGUCUCCCCGUCCAAACACGCGCUCAUUCAAACUCUGGUCAAUCUGAGCAAUCCCAAAAAGGCCAACUUGGCGUGUUGUGUUCCGACCAAAUUGGACCCGAUCACUGUGAUGUACCAGGAGAACGGCAUACUCACAAUGCGCCAUUUGUACGAGGAGAUGAAGGUGGCAGCAUGUGGAUGUAGGUAGUAAGAGGCUAUCUCUGUACUUUAAUUUAAUAAACUAUACUGUCCUUUGUUUAGCAAUGUAAAUAUUGAUAAAAAAUAUUGUUCUUCACAAAUCCAGUUUGUCAUGAUGGGUGUGGCCAAGUUAAUAAUAACUUGUAUGUGGGUUUGACUUAACAUUGACUAGAUUCCUUUCAGUUCUUUUGAAUAUGCUCUUUUUCUUGGUUAAUUUUUUUCUCUUUUUAAUAUACUGCA